ACUUCACAUCAUGAGAUGUUGGCAUCAGUUGUUGGCAGGAAAGAAGCCGUCAUUGAUUCAAUGGUUUAUAGCUAUAGACACGGCUUCUCUGGCUUUGCAGCCAAGCUUACAGAAUUGCAAGCCAAGAAGAUUUCAGAGUUUUCUGGAGUUGUUCAUGUCACGCCAAAUAGCUUUUACUCACCACAAACUACUAGGAGUUGGGAUUACCUAGGCCUCUCUUCUCAUUCCCCCACCAAUUUGAUGCACGAGACCAACAUGGGCGAUGGGAUUGUCAUUGGCAUCAUGGACUUCGGAAUAUGGCCAGAGUCGAAAAUGCUAAAUGAUGAUGGGGUUGGGCCAAUCCCUACCCGUUGGAAGGGCCGAUGUGAAUCAGGAGAGAACUUCAAUGCCACAACACACUGCAACAGAAAACUUAUAGGAGCAAAGUGGUUCAUAGAUGGCUUCCUUGCUGACAAUGAGCAACCAUUCAACACAGUAUUUCGGGAGUUCUAUUCUCCGAGAGAUGGAGCAGGACAUGGAACACACACUGCCACAACCGCUGCUGGUUCCUUUGUGGCCAAUGCAAGUUACCAAGGGCUUGCCCUAGGAGUAGUCCGAGGUGGUGCACCACGGGCUCAUUUGGCCAUGUACAAGACAUGUUGGAAUGUGCUAAAUUUUGUGUGCACUGCUGCUGAUCUGCUUAAAACUUUUGAUGAAGCAAUAUAUGAUGGUGUAGAUGUAUUGUCGCUGUUUAUUGGCAAUUACAAUCCUAAGUUUGCAGAGGUUGAUAAGCGUGACGCGAUUGCCACAGGUUCAUUCCAUGCUGUGGCCAAAGGUAUUACUGUUGUUUGUGCUGCAAACAAUAUUGGACCUGCUCCUCAGACAGUGUCGAAUGUAGCACCCUGGAUCAUAACCGUGGCAGCUACCACCAUCGACAGAUCCUUCCCCACUCCCAUUACUCUCGGGAAUAACAAAACUCUACUGGGGCAAGCCAUAUUUGUAGGAAAAGAGGUUGGUUUCACUGGUUUGGUGUAUCCAGAAGGCCCAGAACAAUUCCCUACAACAUAUGGUGUUUGCGAGUCCCUGACACUUAAUACCACACAUGCGGCUGGAAAUGUAGUCAUUUGCUUCACAACGAUGCCUGGGCCAGCACAAGUAACCAGCGCUGUAUCUGCUGUUAGAAGUGCAGGCGAAGUCAGGGUGAUUAUUGCUAGAAAUCCUAGUAAUCUCUUCGGUCCUUGCAGCGAUGACUUCCCCUGCAUUGUAGUUGACUACGAACUUGGCACCGAGAUAAUGUUAUAUAUUCGUUCCACAAGAUAUCCUACUGUAAAACUGAGCCCUUCUAAGACACUGACGGGGAAGCCUAUAGCGACUAAAGUUGCUUACUUCUCUUCUAGAGGACCUAAUGCCAUCGCUCCUGCAAUUUUGAAGCCAGAUAUAGCUACGCCUGGUGUGAACAUAUUAGCAGCCAGUUCGUAUAAUCCUGCUAUGGAUAGAGGGUUUGCCUUGCUAUCAGGGACAUCACUGGCAACUCCCCACAUUGCAGGCAUUGUGGCACUUUUAAAAUCAUUGCACCCUGGUUGGUCCCCUGCUGCAAUGAAAUCAGCACUAAUCAUAACAGCAUGGAAGACUGAUCCGUUUGGAGAGCCAAUCUUUGCUGAAGGGACAGGACAAAAGUUUGCGGAUCCAUUUGACUAUGGAGGAGGAUUAGUGAACCCGAACAAGGCAGCGAAUCCUGGCCUCAUAUAUGACAUAGGCACAAAUGACUACAUAAACUACCUUUGUGCGUUUGGCUACAACACCUCAACUAUUUCUCUGCUUGUUAAACAAGCAACAUCAUAUCCUGUUAUAAAGCCUUCAAUUCUUGAUGUGAACCCGCCUUCCAUUACAAUUCCAAAUCUAAGAAAUCCUGUAACACUCACUCGAACUAUAACGAAUGUUGGCCCUGUCAUCUCAACAUACAAAGCCCAAAUCGAGCCUCCACCAGGCAUCAAUGUAGUUGUAAAGCCAGAGGCAUUGGUCUUCAACUCGACAGUUAAGGCACUUUCCUUUACAGUUGCGGUUUCCACCACCUACCAAGUGAACAUGGCAUACUUUUUUGGAAGCCUGACAUGGACUGAUGGGGUGCAUGAUGUGUCAAGUCCCAUAUCUGUGAGAACACAAAUCAUAUAAUCCUAUAGUGAUGACAACUGAAAAUGGAUCAUACUCAUCCAGUAAAUUGUAAUAAUGCAGAUACAUGGUUGAAUAAUCGAAUAAGUAUAAUAACGAUGAAUAUUUCCAAAGA